AUGGCUGGCAUAAAAACAGCGAGCGGAGAGUAUAUCGACGAUUCCUGGGAACUCAGUAUCUUCGUGGAGGACCUGGGACCCGAGGCGGACCCCAUCAAACUCCGAGUCACCGGGAACCUGCACAUCGGAGGCAUCAUGUUACUGAUUGCGGACAAAUUAAAACUUCAGAGGGACUGGUCGGAUCACGCCUUGUGGUGGGAGCAGAAGAAACUUUGGCUCCUGAAGACCAACUGGAGCCUGGAUAAAUACGGGAUCCUGGCCGAUGCCAAGCUCCAUUUUACACCCCAGCACAAACCGGUGAUGCUUUUCCUGCCCAACCGCUGCCAGGUCCGGGUCCGGGCCAACUUUGCCCAGCCUGUUUUCCGCACCGUCUGUGAUAUCUGCAGGCUACUCGCCAUCCGUCACCCGGAAGAGCUGUCCCUGCUGCGUGCGCCGGAGGAGAAGGACAAGCGGAAGCAGAAGGAGAAAGAGGAGACCGCCGGCCGGAGCUACGACCUGUCCAGCGUCCGGCUGCCAGCAAUUGUCGGCCAUUCGGCUCGGAAACACCACCUCGUAGAUGGCGACUGUCGACGCAAUUUAAGAGAAUCUAAUUUUUGCUUUCUUGCUAAAUCCCAUCCUUUGCUCAAUUGCAAUUCCCCGCUGCAACUUGAGAAGCGUGAAAUUGAUUUUGCUCUCUGCUCCGUUGCCCAGGCUCCCCCGUUAAACGCUGGGUGGCUGGACUCAUCCCGCACUUUGCUACAACAAGAAGUAAAAGAACAGGAUUGUUUAUGGCUGCGCUUCAAGUAUUACAGCUUUUUUGAUCUGGAGCCAAAGUACGACGCUGUCAGGAUCAAUCAGCUGUACGAACAGGCCCGCUGGUCUGUGCUCUUGGAAGAGACCGACUGCACGGAGGAAGAGAUGAUUGUCUUUGCUGCCUUGCAGUAUCGCAUCAACCAGCUGUCCUUGAGCGCCAGCCCCGUGGAGCAGUCCAGCGAGUCCGGCCUUGAUGACUUGGACAAGGCUUUAGCUAACUUGGAGAUCAAACUGGAAGGCCCGGCUCCGAGUGUUUUGGACAGUCUCACAGCCAUCCCAGAACUGAGGGAUCACCUCCGAAUCUUCAGGCCCCGCAAGCUGACUCUGAAAGGUUAUAAGCAGUACUGGGUGAUCUUCAAAGAAACGACCAUCUCGUAUUUCAAGAGCCCAGAAGAUGCGUUGGGAGAACCUGUUCAACAGCUCAACCUGAAAGGCUGCGAAGUGGUGCCGGAUGUCAACAUGUCUGGCCAGAAAUUCUGCAUCAAGUUGCUGGUCCCUUCUCCUGAUGGGAUGAGCGAAGUACACCUGAGAUGCGUGGACGAGCAGCAAUACGCCAGUUGGAUGGCCGGCUGCCGUUUGGCAGCGAAGGGGAAGACCAUGGCGGACGCCUCCUACCAAGCCGAAAAGGAGAACAUUCUCUCCUUCCUGAAGCUGCAGAAGACCAAUCCGGAGAUGUCCCUGGCUACCGAGACGGAGGGGACCCAGUGGCUGGUGUCUCCUCGCUACCAGAAGAAGUUCAAACCUAAGCAGUUAACUCCCCGCAUCCUUGAGGCCUACCAGAACGUGUCUCCGCUCUCUCUGGCUGAAGUCAAGAUGAAAUUCAUCCAGGCUUGGCAAUCCCUCCCUGAUUUUGGCAUCUCCUACUUCGUGGUCAGGUUCAAAGGCAGCAGGAAAGACGAAAUUCUGGGGAUCGCCAACAACCGCCUGAUCCGGAUUGACCUGGCCGUCGGCGACGUGGUGAAGACAUGGCGGUACAGCAACAUGCGUCAGUGGAACGUCAACUGGGACAUCCGGCAGGUGGCCAUCGAAUUUGAUGAGCACAUCAACGUGGCUUUUAGCUGCAUCUCCGCCGGCUGCAAGACAGUCCACGAAUACAUCGGGGGUUACAUCUUCCUGUCCACCCGGACAGCUGACCGAAGCCAGACGCUGAACGAAGAGCUCUUCCACAAGUUGACGGGGGGCCACGAAGCCCUCUGAUGUUUCUCCUACCCAAAGCCUUCCCCCCUCCAAGGAGCAGCUGAUCUCCAGAAUAUGCUACGGGGAUGGGGGGCAUUGAAGGUCCUUACUGGAGUCCAGGCAUCCAUAAAGACUUGGAGAGCAGUUAGGAAAACGAUGGAGAGAACGUUCCCCAGAUAAGAGAAACCUUUCUCAAAAGAUUUGAAGGCUGCAUUAACUAUGGUUUGUUGGUGGGUUUUGUG